AGCCCACGGUGCUCGCUGAAGACAGAACAGUGAACUGGCCGGACAUGGCUCCUCAGUACCAGAAUGACAGAGAGUUGGGCGUGUCGGAGUACUUCAACACCUUCGCUCAACAGAAUCGCAGUGUGAGCGCCCCAGUAUACCCGAAGGUAAAAACGGCAAUCAUGGAACUGCCUCUUGAUCCAACGAGGUUUCACGUGCAGAGAGGCUCGGACUACAAGUUUGGUAACGACGAGCGGAGCAAACUGAGCGAGCAUCAGCGGGCGUUCGGACGGAACGACGACCUGGAAGACUUCUCUGGGAAACUGGCGCGCGGAGAGGCCGGAGACGUGGGCAAGAAGAUGAAAGCUCUAGAGAGGCAGUCCAACGUCUUCAGGACAGGCGACUACAACGGAGCACUGGGCAACAAAGAAUCAACAACAGUGAAUGAUUUCGGCCCACGAACCCGUCCCCCGGCUGAGGUCUUCUCAAAGACUAUCGGACCAAGAGACGCUGAGUUGGGUCGGCAGGAUCAGACGAAAGCACACUUCCAGUUUGGAUCGUGUGCCGACGGUUUGGACAGCGUCUACGGAAAGGACUACAUGAUGAGCGCCUUGGCCGCUCGCGCCGCCCCUACACAGGCGUACACCAAAGAUGCUGGCAAUGUACUCCAGUGUGACCCAGAGUUCUCCAAUGCAGCUCGCUCGCUGAAGAGUUCCGAUUUCAUGGCACCACCACGACCUCUGAAGAAAAUGAUCGAGAAUAAUGCUGGGAAAAAGUAUUUGGACCACAUCAGCAUAUCUAUGGAUCCCAACCGCCACGCUGCAGAUAGACAAAAGUCAUUGGCGCACUCGGACUACAACAAGCAUCCCAACAACUUUAACCCCCUCCCGCCGUUCAUGGCAAAGAGCGCACCCUACAACUAUCUCCAUACAGACCCAGCCUUGCCUUAUCCAGGACUCGACAAGAACAGCGAGGCUUCGGUGAGCUGGGAAUGGUUUUCCCGAGUUUUAGAAUGUUGAGUUUGAGCUAAGAGAAGCGCUUGGACUCAAUAACU